AUGGAUCCCUUCAACGGCCUCCCUGCUGAGGUUCGUAUCAAGAUCCUUGGAUCUAUUCCUUCUUAUGCAACCACCGCUCGAUUGAUCCGAGCCUCGCCGAUCAUGCUGACCCAGUAUACAACUACCGAGUCGAUUAACUUGCGAGAAUACUUGUCGCAACUCUCCGGUACCGAUGUACAUGAUCAUGAGCUUCUCCAAGACGCUCUGGCGAUCAUCUACUUGGGCGAGAACUACGGCUUCGACGACUUCGACGACUUCGACGAAAUCUGCGAUCUUGCGCGCAAAUGGGAAGCCAAGACUCUCCCAUUACCUUUCCACCGGGGUGACAACGACUCGAUCACAAAGCUCCGGCUUCUGUUUGAACGUAUGAGCGAGUUCAUCGACGACUACCUCAGCAAGGCAACGGCUCAGAAUACUGUUGAGGCGUACCUUCAGCCCCCGCGCCUUACAUAUAUCGAUACCGUUGACUCGCAGCGCAUCACUCUGCAUGACUUGAACCUUCAAGAGCGCUCUCGUCUCUUUAAAGCGUUUAUCAAGUUCGAGGUCCUCUGCAAGUUCAGCGGCCGAGUAGCCCACCACGCACUGACUACGGUUCGAUCGCACCAAGCGCUCGAACUGAGCAGCUGGGAGAAUGAGGCUUUGAUGUGCGUAUAUGAAUACAUAAAAGCCUCCUAUAGCGCAAUGUUUGUCCAAUGUACAGAUACACAGACGUUCGAGGACUACAAGAAGCUUUGUUAUCAGAGAAGGAUCGAGCGCGAGGACUCAUUCUUUGUCGAAACGAUGUGUUACGAUCCCCGAUAUCCCUUCCUUCGGGACAAGUUUCCCAAGUACGCAGCCGAUUUCCCCAAUGCACUACCUUGGUGUGGGUUUGAUGUGUUGUCGCACCUGAUGAAGGAGGCGAAGGGCAAACACGAACCCAUGUGGAUGGCGAAGAUGUGUUCGAGGUAUGAUCAGAAGAGCUACGACUGGCAUGAGCAUAUUGUUCGCAGAAUCAAGGAGAAAUCAUAUGUGGAGGACCGGAAUCGUUCCGUACGAUAUCAGAGCCCCGAGGAAAAAGAAGCAAUCCGAGUCAAGAGAGCGCAUCGCACCAUACACCAACAGAGAGCUUCGGUAUUCUUCGACGACGCGAGAUUGUGUCCUGGACAAGAAGCCCACUUCCCGACAGAAGAGGAGGUCAAGACAGAGGAGGCGAGACUGAAAGACGAACGCAAAAUGAACACGAAGAAGCAAUGGGAUGAGUACUUUGACAAGAAAAGACCCAACCCUCCUCGGUACAAGUCCCCUCUAAGGAGAUACGACCCGAAUGAUGAUACCACGGCCAAAGAAAUACUAGUAGAUGGGGAGACUCAUAUCGGUAUUUUGACCCCUCCGCCAUUCUUUGCAUUACUCAAGGGAAGACAUCAUGGAUGA